CUCAGGCACAGCUGCGGCUUCGCGCCUCGGCCGCGCCCCUCACGAAUUUGCUGGAAGGGCUGUGUGGGGCCGCCCCCGGCUCUAAAGGGCCGGCGGGCAGAGGCGGGAGGGGCUGCUGGGCUCUCGGAGGCCAUCGCCUCAGGGCGGCUCGCACCUCCCCGGCUCCUCCACCUUCGUGCGGCCUCAGGCGUGCUGCGCCUGCCCGCCGAGUGUGAGCGCUGAGGAGCCGUCCCCAGUUUGGCGAGGGCAGCAGGUGCAGGUCGGUCGGAAAUGGCGAGCAGCAAUGGCUGCUUGGAGCGUGCAGCAGUGCUCGCCUUCGACAACGCACCUGAGAAGAUUUUGCUGCCCGAGGUUCUCAGACAGCCAAUUUCAAAGGGUUUCUCCGAGCCUGUGACUGCACGGCUGAAUCCUCUGCCUUCUAUGAGGUGCAGUGAACCAGGAGUGAUGAAAAAUCCAGGAGCAGACACCACCACGUUUUCAGCCUUUCCCUCACAGAAAGACCUGGAUUUGAUGGAAAGAUACAAACAGGGAGUAAUAGACCCAGUAUCUGCCUUGCAUAUGUUUGCCAAAAUGCAUCACCUGCAGCUUCAGUUAAAGGAAACGAGUGUGGCAGGUGAUGUCAUAAGGCCUUACUUUGCUUUUUGUGCUGUGAUAAAUGGUGUUUGCUACAAGAUUGGGCUGGGAAAGAACAAGAAGGCAUCUAAAUUAAAUGCAGCUAAACUGGCUCUUGCUGAGCUACUUAACUUGGAGAACACAGAGGCAAAGUCUUUUGAAGAUUCAGAUUUUCCCUGUGUGCCUGCUGAGCUCCGACCUCCAGCAAACUCUGCUUGUGUUUCGAGGACUGGAGGAGAACAUACCUAUCAAAAACUCUCACAAACACUUGAGGAGGUGUUUAACCACCUGACUGCCCAGCACCCCAAGUACCAAAGCUGUGGCAGUUCCCUGGCUGCCUUCAUCAUUGAAAAGGGUGGGCAGCACGAAGUGGUAGCUCUGGGGACAGGAGAAUGCAACUACAGCCGGCGCUUCGAGUCCUGUGGGAGGCUCUUGCAUGACAGCCAUGCCAUUGUGACUGCCAGGCGUUCCCUGCUCAGAUAUUUGUACAGGCAUCUUUUGCUGUUCUAUAACAAAAAUCCUGCCAAGGCAGCGAGAUCCAUAUUUUGCACAGCACCAGGCUCGAAGCUGCUUACCUUAAAGCAAAAUAUAACUCUCUCUCUCUACAUGAACCAGCUUCCAAAAGGAACUGCUCAGUUAAAAUCAGAGGUACAUCUCGGUCCCCACUCCAUAUCUGCUUACGAAGCCAGUGAAGAGCUGAGUCUGCACGUUGCUCUGGAAGGCAGGAUUUACCUGGCUGUUUGCUGUCCCCCCAAGACUGUCAGGGUGAGCAGCAUGUCAGCUGGUGACAAACUGACCAAGUGGGAAGUGGUUGGUCUGCAGGGAGCCUUGCUGAGCCACUUCAUCGAGCCCGUGUACAUCAGCAACAUUCUUGUAGGAAAUGGAAGUUGUAAGGAUACAAAAGGACUGGACAUAACCAUAAAGCAGCGUCUUGAUGAUGAACUUACUUCAGAGCUUCCCGUGCCUUACCUGGUCAACAGAUCUCAUAUUUACUUGGUGAAAGCUGCGCUGCCGAUCCAAACAGAUUUGAACCAGUGGUCGCUUAGUUUGAAUUGGACAUUGUCAGAUGCAUCCCUGGAGGUUGUGGAUGGAUUAAGUGGGAAAACCACUGAAAGCUCCCCAUUCCGCAGUGGCACGUGCCUGGCCAGCCGCCUGUGCAAGGCUGCCAUGUUCAGCCGCUUCAGGAUGCUCUCCAGGGAAGCGGGACAGGAUGAUCUGCUCCAGUUUGCAACAUACCACGAGGCAAAGAUUAAAUCUCAGUUGUACCAAGAAGCUAAAAGCUUGAUGCAGAGCUACUUAGAGCAACACAGUUACGGAUCAUGGAUUGUGAAGUCUCCACAUAUUGAGCAGUUCAGUGAUUGAUGGAGGUGGAUUGACUGUUAAGUCUGUUUGAAUGAUUGUUUCAGUAAAUAGAGUUCUGAGUAGUAAAAUGUUCAACUUUAAGUUUGUAGUUAGAGGAAGAAAACAAAUCCAGAACUGCUUCUUUUCAGUUUAAAUGCACUUAAUAAACCACCUGUAACAAUUCA